CAGCGAGUAGGUAAAAAACCCCAGUCGCCAAAACUCUAUGAAAAUCGUGAAAAUUUGCCAAAUGGUUUGAGAGGCUGGUAUGUACAUAGACUUCUUGUAAAUGCUGUUGCAAUGUGGGCUUCGCCUCGUUAUGCUUGGUAUAUUUACAGACUUCUUGACGAAAUUCAUAGACAAGAACGUGAAGAGCUAGAGAACAAGCUUGAAGCAAAAGACAAAAACAUACAGAAAAGAAUACCACGUUCGGUACCAAAAGGAAAGGAAAAGAACUAUAAGUAUAUGAUUUAUACUGAAGAGAUGGAAAAUGAAGAAGACAGAGAUAUGGUUAUGUUGCAUUUAGUCAGAAGAAACAACAAAAGCUUUUACGACCUUGCUAAGAUUUACAAAUCUGACAGAAAUUGGUUCUAUCGCGAAAACUUACCGAUUUCAAUGACACCAAAUGAAGAUGUGAAACAAAUAGUUCAAGAUACUUUACCUCAAACACACUAUGAUAUUAAAGGUUGUACAAUACUUACCUUCAAAGAAGAUUUGCCAUUGUUAAAGGAAAAAAUAACAGAGUAUUUUGACAACUUCAAACAAGCAGAGUAA